AUGAGUGAAGCGCGAGACCCCGAGGCCGCGGAAACGCAUCCAGAUGUUGAUUUGGGUUACGCGGUGUUUGAAGGCUCAUCGCAAGAGGAUGUCGCUUACGCCAAAGUGUUCUGGAGCUCUCUGUGUUUACAGCCUCCCAUCGAGUCCAGCUUAGUGUCGGUGGACAUUAGACAGCGUCUGAAGGUAGCAAAGCCCCCCCAACAAAAGUCCAGCAAUAAUGUUCCCAAGCAGCCACCAUGGUCUAGAAAUGAUGAGAUCCUGGAGAAGGCUUACCAACUGCAGAUGCAGGAUGAGAAGCAGAGAUAUCUGAAAAUGGCGAAAAAGCGUGACGAGAUCAUGGAACUCUUAAAGAAGCAGAGAGAAGAUCGGAUUAAGAAAGAAAUGGUAUCCCGUCUGCACAAGCCAAGUAGACCGGAGCUGACUGAGAGGUUUUCCUGCACUCCUCCUGAGAUUUGGUAUCAGGACAUAAAUGAAGUCCGAGAACUCGUAUAAAGGCUGACACGAG